CCUCACAACAUUCUGAACUGAACCUCCAUCCAACCCAUUACCGAGAUAUUAUGGCUGGUAAUAGAUCGCCAGAUUACAAGGCUCUCUUCCUCAAAGUGGAAGAGGAACGAAGGCAGGAAGCAGAAUUACGAAGGCAGGCAGAAGACCGAGUGAAACAGGCAGAAGACCGAGUGAAACAGGCACAAGAUCGAGAGAAACAGGCACAAGAUCGAGAGAAACAGGCACAACACCGAGAGAAACAAGAAGCAGAGUUACGAAAGCAAGCAGAAGUGCAUACCCAACCGACAGCUUUUAGGGUGUUUGUUCAAGCUUGUCACAAUUUACUUUCUCUUCCAUUGAAAGUCGGCACGCCAGCUAAGUCCACGAAGGGGAAGAUCCCACCACCUACUGGCAAAUACUGCCCAACACAACUUCGCUACUGGUCGGACUGUCCAGCACAGCAGCAAGAAAUAUUUGAUGCGGUUUAUACUUACCUGCAACCAACAGGAGAAGAUGGACCCCAACUAUUUGCACCCCUAGUUGAACUGCACGGCCUCAGUCGACGCUUUUCCCGCCGAAAGCUGCGAAGUGAAAAGGAUCUUGAGAGUUACGAGCGAUUCGCUGUUGAAGAUCAUGUCCAUGAUAUUAUAGCCGAACUGUGCAAGAUACCGGCCGCCCGAGAGAAAUUCCAGCUUGGCGAUGGAAUUAUUUUUGAGAAUCAUGCGAAUACCCUAGAUGAACCACAAGACGACGAUGACGAUAUAGAAGCGGUUGAUCUAUCAAGUACACAACAUCCAAGACCGGAUCAGUUUUGUAUCCAUCGAGUUGACGGCACUACCAAUACCUUACUGACCACAGUCGAGUACAAACCGCCGCAUAAGCUCAGGAUAGAGGAUGUACGGUCGGGCCUUCGAUCCAUGGACUUUUGGAAGGAUGUCGUCAACCAGAACAAAAUACCUACCGAUAUGGAUAAAAAGCUGAAGUAUAACGCGGAACAGCUGGUUGGCUCUGUGUUAACUCAGGAAUAUCACGUUAUGAUUCAAGAGGGGCUGGAAUAUUCCUAUAUCACGAACGGGUUGUCUUUAAUUCUUCUCCGCGUUCCACAUGACGAACCCAGUACGCUUUAUUAUUACCCCUGUGAACCCAAUCUCGACGUGGAUUUAGAGGAUCCCGAUAUCAUUCUGCAACCGAAAACCACGAUCGCUAGGGUAUUAUGCCUCUGCCUGAUAUCUUUUCAUUCCCGGAUCCGUGAUCAAGCGUGGCGGCAAGCUGCAAGAUCUCAGUUACAUAUAUGGGAGACAAGUUUCGACCAUACACGGUCCCAGAUUCCUAAUGAAGAGCUACAGAAAGCCCCUCCUGACUCAGAAUAUACAGGCUCGGAAUCUACAGGCUCGGAAUCUACAGGCUCGGAAUCUACAGGCUCCGAGUAUUUGCCCUCAUCUCCAUUAUCGCCCACCAAGGAACCGCGUCGAACCUCGGCCCGAUUUCGAGGUGACUGUGCACCCAUUGAAAUGAUGUCUCAGAACGAACGCAUGGAUUCAUCUGACUCCGACGCAGGCCCAGCAACCCAGAAUCGAAAGCGAGGCUUCAGCCAAGUUAUGUCUUCGCCGUCUAGUCAACAUUCAUCACGUCCAACGGAUUCGACGCCUCCUUCUAGUGGUCAAUACCAACAGCACGCGUCACGAUUCUGUACGCAGCGGUGUCUGUUAGGUCUACAGCAGGGGGGUGCAUUAGAUGGCCUUUGUCCUAAUGUCCAACUCCAUCGGCAAGGCCAGGAGCGUGACCGACAUAGUAUCGAUGCAAAACAGCUGGUGCAGCUGCUGAAAGAGCAGCUCGAUCAAGACCUCGACCACAACUGUACGCCGUUCGGAGUUUGUGGAUCAUACGGUGCACCAUUCAAGAUUACAUGCGCUGCAUAUGGCUAUACGGUGGUUGGAAAGGGGACCACGUCCCGACUCUGGAAGGAGGUCUCCGGUGAAGCAGAGAUAUACCGGGUUCUGCAGAAGGCACAGGGGCUUGCCGUCCCGGUUUUUCUUGGCGCUAUUGAUUUGAAAAUGAUGUUCUUCCUCCACGGAGCUGGAGAGAUCCGACAUAUGCUGCUUAUGGGUUGGGGGGGGAGGAGUAUCGGAACAGCAGAGAGUUUGACGCUACGCCAGGAGAUCUCCAGGUCCAAAAAGCAGGUCCGUAAGUUAGGCGUCAUGCAUGAGGACCUGCGGCCUGAAAACAUGUUAUGGAAUGACGAACUGGGUCGGAUCAUGAUCAUAGAUUUUCACCGGUCUCAAAUCGACCGCCGCCCGGCAGCAGAGCGGGUUGGAUCUUUGAAGAGACGACUCAAUAUCCGGCCGGGCCAGUCCAAACGACCUCGAGUAUAUUAGAGUACUUUUGAGUCAGUUGUCUUUGUUUUCAUGACCAGACUACAAUUAUUUCAACCAGCGAAACACAUUUCCAGAUUAAGAGCUUGGUCUAAUU